AGUCUACGAUUGUUCAUUGCAUGUCUGCUGAGGUUCCGUGAGCAUGGCGAAAGCAAAGGAGACGAAAACAUUUAGCCUGAAGGAUGUGAAGGAAAGCAAGGAGCCGAUGCUAGUAAUCCACGACAGUGUCUACAACGUGGCCAAGUUUCUGGAAGAGCAUCCUGGAGGAGAAGAAGUUUUGAUAGAACAAGCAGGUGGCGAUGCGACGGAAGCAUUCGAAGAUGUAGGCCAUUCUGCCGAUGCUCGUGAAUUGAUGAAGGAUUAUUAUGUUGGUGAAGUACAGGCCUCAGAAAAAAGGAACGAAGAUAUACAGCCAAACACUGGUCCCACGCCAGCUGCACCUAAAAGCAAUGGAGGGUGGAGUAGCUGGCUUCUGCCGCUGGGAAUUGCUAUAGCUGCCGCUCUCCUUUACAGAUUUGUGAUAGCCCCGGCAGCGAACUAGCAUGCAGACAGGACGAGAAACACACAGACAAACAAGACAAUGUGAUAAAAUAAUGUUGUGUGCGGCUGCCUAUCGGACGGCAAAUCCACGAAAAAUGGACCAAAAAUAACGUUAGUGCCAGUCACUGAAUGCUAGGUUCAGUGCUUCGAGGGACAUUCUACAUUUUAGAAAAGACUACGGCCAUAUCUAGCAACUAUCUCUGCCAGUAUUGAGCAGGAUGUUUGAGGUAGUUAGGUAGGGGAAUAUUUUGUAUAUAAAUCAAUAGACGAUUUCAUCUUAAGAGACGGUAGAUUUUGAGAAAGUGUAAAUGAAUAAUGUAGCAGUUUUUCUAUUCGGGUUCAACCAGAUUUCUUUGUUUCUGUUAUGUGCAGAUGUGUUGCUGUCGCAGGGCCUGUUCAAAAGGAACCCAAGACUGCAAUUGCCAUAAUAUUCCCUAGAAAGAAAAAAUUAUGAAUUCUAUUUCUAUUAUUAAUUGAUUAGUCACUUGGUAUGGUGUCAAAAAUAUAUGAGAAAAAAAUUGGAUUCUCAUAUUAUUAUAGAAAGUUGCAGGAAUCCAAAUGAAUUCUGGCAGAAUGUGACAAAAUAACACGGUCUGUUUCUUUUCCAUGUCUUUGUAUUUUAGCUGGACAAAUCAUUGUUGCCAAUUUAGCAUGUUUUUUAAAAAUAAGUACAAGUAGUUAAGUUCAAACAGGGUUUCUGGCAGAAAUUUGUUUUUGGGUAUGGCGCUAUAGAAUUGAAUAAUUACAAUGUGUGUGCUGAAUGCAACCGCAGUAGACCGGAGGUUAGAAAGAAAAUGGGUUACGUUUAUGGUUAGGGUUAAGAAAAUCAUACAGUAAUGAUAAGAGUCAUUAAUUUUAUCAAACAGUUAACUUAAAAAGAUGAAUCUGCAAAAAAUGUUGGGUAUGGGGCCAUACCCAUUUUACCCUGUGGCAGAAACCCAGUAUUUUUUUUUUAAGUUUCGUUAUAAAGUGCAUUUAUCUAAUUCAACUUUAAAUCAUGUCAAAAAAUAGGUAAUGGUUUUCUCUGGGUUCAUUAAAAGUAGUUAUUAUUAUUAUCAUUAUUAUUAUUAUUAUAAAUAUGAAAUUAUUUCCCUACUUUUUGUUAUUUUAAUUUUUAUAUUUAUUAAUCAGAAAGGUAUACCUGUUUUAGAAAAGUACAAAUAAUGCCGUAAUAUUUUAACCAUUGUAGUGUUACAGGUAGUCUCACAAUAUUGCUAGCAAUUUAUGGAUAUGAACAUCAUGUGAUUUUCUCUGGAAAUCCUAAUUUUAGCCCUACCCUAAAUGUGUGUCUCACAGUAACCAGAUUUCUUAAGACUUUAAUUUUUGUCCAUUGUUGGCCCUAAACUUGCAACCUAAAACCUUGCAAAUUGGUCAUUUAGCUUUUCCAUCAUUACAACCGGCAUCUGUGUGAUUCCGAUUUCACUGGUACCAACACAGAGCCUUUUAGUGGUAAUAGCUUGGGUGAAAUUGGCAUAAUCCAUCUGUGUAUACCAGUGCAUUUUGACAGUCCCGCCAUCCUCCCCCUUUAAUAAUCCAGUUUAGAAUAGAGUCCACCAUCUUGAAAUACUUUUGGUUACUUUUUAGUGAACGACAUUGUAAGGCUUGUAUCAUCAGAAUGUUGUUAUAUAUUACAUUAUCUUAUUACUACACUUUAUCCAUUAAUCAAAUACCAGAUUUUGUUAGAAUAAUUGCAUUUAUUUGUAUAAUUUGUAGCAUAUUUUAUUUGUACCCUCAUAUAAACUUAGUAAUACAUUUCAUUUUUGGGCAUUAUAAAAUUUAUUACCAGUAAUUCUGUGAGUUGUGUAGAGUAAAAAUAAAACACCCAACAUUUUAACAUUAUCAAUCACUCAUGUUUAUAUCUAAUCUCAACACAGUGUCGAAGACUGGGAUUGUUUAUAUAUUUAGCAACUGAUUAACUAAAUACUGCACAUUUGUAUUUAUUUAGUAUUCAAUUAACUAAUAACUGCAUAUUUUUAUUUAUUUAGUAUUCAAUUAACUAAAUACUGCAUAUUUUUAUUUAUUUAGUAUCUCAGAUUUUUGUUUUGGAAACCGAAAACUAUUUCAUACUCGUGGAAUUAAAUUAUGGUUGCUGCCCUGAAAAAGAAAAGUCUGAUACCAUAUUUUUAUAUCGGUCUUUAUAUGCAGUUACAUUCUAAAAUAUUUGUGCUUGGCUACUGGGUUUUCAUAAAAUCAAAUCAUUCACGUUCACAGUUGUGUUAUGAUUUGAUACCUGUUUUCCUUGAUGCUUCUCUCCAACAGUUGUUUUACUAUUUUACUAGAAUAAUUACCCAGCUGAAUGCACCAAACCAGUCUCUGUAAUGUUUUACUAGCUACAGUUCGUGAACCAACUGUAAAAUCAACUAGUAACCAGUAGUUGGUUUAGGCCAGUCUCUGUAAUGUUUUAGUAGCUACAGACCGUGAACCAACUGUAAAAUCAACUAGUAACCCAUGGUUGGUUUACUAGAAUAAUUACCCAGAGAAUUCACCAAAACGGUCUCUGCAGUAUAGUGGUUAAGCCAUCAGACCUGAGGCUGGUAGGUACUGGGUUCGCUCCAACUCAAGUUUUAAUGGGGGUAGUUAUGAGGCCACUACAGAAGACUUCUCUCACUAAUCAUUUACCCACUGUCCUUGUCUUACAGCCCAGAUAGCUAAGGUGUGGGUGUCCAGGAAAGCAUGCUUGAACUGGAUAUACAUGUAGACACAAAUAGUAAAUUAAAAUGAACUGGCUGUCAGUGCAGUUGUCUAAGGACUUGUUCUUCCAACUACCUGGACUACACAUUAUUCGGGUUACUCUGGCAGUCAGUGUAAUGGGCUGGAAAUCAGCCAGCGAACCACCUUUGCCCUGAUGAUUUUGUUGUUGGUUUGCGUACUGUAGCAGUAUAUGCCUACACGGCCUUUUGAGCAUAAACGCAGGACAAUCGGGAUCGAGACAGCCAGUCUUCUCAAAUACUUUGUGUGCCGAUAAUAAAGUACAUGCGCUGAAAAUCAGGCAUUUGUUUUGACCCCUCUGCCUCCAUAUAAGUCAUCACUGCUCCCUCCCCCAACAGUGUAAACGGAAGACAUAGAUCCUCCACACUGAAAAGUAGAUUGAGGAAUGUUAAAACCUGGAAAAUUGUACAUUUUAAUUCUUGAAAUUUUAAGAUGUACUGGGUUUAACAACUCUAAUUUGUUAAUAAAAAUUUUUAAACACCUGUUAUCCUACUUUAGGCCUUAUUUUAUAACACUGGCACAUUUUUAUGGGAGUAUAUUACAUACAGGUACUGUCAGAAAAACCCAUUCACCCAGUGUACACCUUUUUUGUAUACCAUGUCAGAAUUCUCCCCUCAUCCCCCUUGUGAUGUACAUACUUAUGGAUGCUUCCUCGUAAGAACCAAUACAUUUUCUAGUUUUGUCAACUAAAUUGUUGCAAGUUCAGUUCAUUCUAUUCUAUUCAAGAGAAUUAUCGUGCACAUUCAGAGCAAGCUGUUGUAGCGCACGCCUGUCCUGGGCACAUAUGUCAGCUUUGGCUGGCUCCUCCGUCCAGGACAGGAAAGUUCAGUUGUUUAUUGUAAUGUACAAAUGUAUCAGAAGUUGUGUACUCGUCAAAUAUAAGUCUAAUACUGAAUAUGUUAAAUGCUCCACAUGUUCAGUAAUGUACAAGUACAGUUUAAAAUCUGCAUAAUUAUUUUGUUUGAGCCUUAAGCUAAACUGAAGUAUAAUAAAUUUGUAUUUGUUUGCCUUGUCGUUUGUCGUCUUAUAAUACCAUGAUAUGUUGAUAUUUUUAGCAUAUUAGUAUGUUUCACAUUUUGUUUCAAAAUACAUGUAGCAAAAUAGAUUUCCUGAGAAAAAACUUCAGGGAAUCUUUAUUCUUUGUUAACCAGGGCCCAUGCUUACAAAACUUAGUCUACACUUUAAUAAAGUCCAGACUUUAACGUAAUGCUAUUUGAAUGACGUUAAAGUCUAGACUUUAAGAUUUAUAAGCAUGAGGCCUGUAUUCAGUGCACCUAAAAACACCAACAGACUUUGUAUAACCAUGAUGUACAUGUAGCUGCAUGGCGAGAUUUUGUGUAUGGCAGGUGACUGAUCAUGAAGUUAGCAUGACGUAGCUUUUGGAUGUCCUGCUUACGGAUCACCUUCAGAGUGAUUCAAGUGUCCUACGAUAUGGCACACUGAGUACAGCCCAUACUUGUAAAGGUUAAAAUCGAGACCCCAAGACCUGAGCAAUAAACGGUUUGUAUGUGUGUGUGAGACUUUACUAAACUUCAUUAUGGACUCCAGUGUUGAAAGCAUUGUACCACAACUGUAGCACACAUUGUGAAAAGAGAAGCCAUUUUAAUCUUGAAGCAGAAGCUUGAACUUGAGAAGCCAUUGUAAAACACGGGUAGUGAUAGGAACUCUAUAGCUGUAAUGUGUAUAAUGCGCAAAAAGCUUGAAAGCUGAUGUCAGAAAGCAUAUUGUGUACUUUGAAUCACAAUUGCUUUCUUUUUAACUGUCAAUUUUGAACUCUGCUCUUCACACCAAUGUCUCACGUCCCGGCAUAAUCUGCUGUUGAAGGAAACCCUACUAACACCAAGCUGGGGCCUCCGGGUAAGAGGGGGGAUUGUAAACUGGCCUAAACCAUUUAUGGGUUAUGUGUAACCCAUUGUGACGUUUAAAUGAUGUCCUACAUUUAAUGCAGACCACAAAAUGGGUGUGCAAAUCAAGAUUUGUACAAGCAACACGCACAAUUUUCAGAUGUAACUUCUUUUUUUCCAUUGGCUUUCAGCAUUUUUAUUGUUUUUCUAAAAGGAUGGGUCUGAAUUAAAGUAACUAGGGGUAUAUGACUAAAUUUUAAUGUAUAGUUUAUUUUAUCAAUACUACGCACAUGUAUAACCAUACCUACCGUGUAUUAAUAUUAUGGGCUACCCUUAUACAUUAAAACCAGAGUUGAGUUUUAUUAUGUGUAUUUGAGAACUGCACGAUGUAACUGUUUAAGUAUGCUGUAUAGAAAAAGUGCUGCUCAUAGCAUAACUUUGGUGCAUUUUGAGUCAUAAUGUGCAUUGUGACAGAUUCUACUCAUCACUAUACUAUUGGCUGUUGUUGAAGAGUAAACAUUUGGUUUGUAUCUGUACACCUGUGACCAGCAGCAGUGGCUGAUCCAGAAAAUCCAUUAGUGGUGGGUGGGGGGGGGGGGGGGGGGGGGGGGGGGGACAUGAGGUGGAAUGCCAAUAGAACUGGGGGAGGUUUAGAGGGGAUCGUAGAAAAAAUGAAAAUUAAUAUAUGAUAAAAUUAUAACUGUCACAAAAUUUAGGGGGCCCCUGGGCCCCCUCCCCCUAGAUCCACCUCUGAGCAAUUGUACAGAUGUUUUGUUUUAUAAGAAAAAUCCACCAAAAGAAUUCACAACAUCUAUUGAAGCUACCAACGGCACAUGUCUAAAUAUGACUAGUAGUUUGGCAAACCGUGAUUGCCAAAUUAUUAAACAUUAAAAUUGGUCUGUCCCCUCUGAGAAAGAACUGUAAAAAUCAUUUUUCUUUUGACCUUCCAUUGUAUCAUUGUUAUUAUCUUUGAUUCUGAGAUAUUUAAUUUAGAUGGUCGAAUAAUUACCGGUAAAAAAAACAAAGAGAAGACUGUGUGAAAGAAUGUAUAAUAUUUGAAUUGUAGUAUAUACAGAAAUCACUUACAACUUGUUUUCAGGUUAAUAGUUUUACAUGUAUCACAAUAAAAGACUAUUAUUCACA